CCCAAUGUCAAAUGACCUUGACCAAGGUUAAGGGGGAGUUUUGAGGUUUUUGUGCCGUUUCCCCAAAAUUGGGAGCUUGGGUUAUGUAUGUUAAUUUUAAUUGCCAAGUCUUAGAACAACUUGGAGAAAUCUGUAAAGAAAGAACAGCUGAUGCAUUAUUAAUAAGGCACGUGUACUAAAUCGCAGGUGCAUUUAAAUCCAAACAGGCUUUCUCAACACUGAGUCAAAGGGUUUUCCAUCUAAUACAUCAGAUUGAAUAAGGCGAAUUGCAGUCAUCUGUCUAUAUUCAUCACAUAUUCAAUGAAAUACUCGAUUGACUUUAUUCGUAUUGGGUGGACAAGGCGUAUUUCAGAUCACUACUUUAGUUCUGCAUGUACGAUAUCAUUACUAAGAGGACCUAAAUUGAUUCUUGUUGAUCCUGGUAGCCCAUGGGAUUCGCAGUGGCUUCUUUCUCAGCUCUCAUCUCGUGGAGUAAAUCCUUAUGAUAUUGAUUUUGUUGUUUGUACACACGAUCACGUCGAUCAUAUUGGAAGCUUACAUAUAUUCCCAAACUCUACUCGGAUUGUGGGCGAGAAUUUCGAAGUUCAAGGUCUUAAAGAUUGCUUCAGUAUUCUCAAAACGCCUUAUGAGAUCGACUCCUUGAUUCACAUAAUAUCUACACCUGGGCACACUUUGUCAGACAUAUCAGUCAUUGUGGAGGAUAUUGACCAAUUCGGUCGUGUUGCCUUAGUGGGUGACUUGUUUGAAUGUGAGCAAGAUAUUAUUGAUCCAUCUUUGUGGCAUUCAUCUAGUAACGAUGUAAGAAUUCAACAAAAAAACAGAAAAUUCAUUAUCGAUAACUUUGACUACAUUGUUCCAGGUCAUGGACCAGCCUUUAAAGCUACUAAAAGGUGGCAAAACUAACUUUGUAUGCAUUUUUACCCCGUUCAUUGUAAUCCACUCGACAUUCGUUACACUUUUAUUGUCUGUCAUGAAAUUCUAUGGAAUAAUCAUUUGUCUUUCUAAGUUAUUAUAAGUCGCAAAACCCUUUGAUUUUCCCAUUAUAUUUCCGAGAAUUUUAUUUAGUUAUGACAUCAUAGAUUAAAGUUAUUAUUAGUC